CGGGGCGAGAUUUUGACGACACAACUCUUUUCUAAAGUGCUGGGGCUCAAACAUCCUCGCCAACAUGCCUCAAGCAUGACAGUAAACUGGUUCAGCGAGGUGGCGGGGAUGAAGAGGCUCUGUAAAAGAAAGUUUUCGACGAGUCCCACCUGGACUGGGAGCCGCGGCAGCAGCAGAAAGACGCACUGGUGAGGGGAAAAACAACCCGGACAUCUAACCACAACGACCAUGACCGGCUUAAAGCCCCACGACGGAGAGGCUUGAGGCGCAGAUAAGCACAAUAUGGCACACCGCUCUCAGUGCUCCUCUGCCGGGGAUAAUCCCCUGGACCCCAACUAUCUUCCUCCGCACUAUCGAGAGGAGUACCGGCUGGCUAUUGAUGCACUUGUCGAGGAUGACUUGGAGGGCUACUACCAGUUCCUGCAGAAAGAAGAUGUGGUGGACUUUCUUGCCACAUCAGAGAUUGAGCAUAUUCAGCGCACGAUUCAGGUGCCGCAAAAGAGCAGCCACCCUGAACGUUAUGUGGAGUCUUUGGGAGAUGGCUCCUCGGACACUUACUGGCCCAUCCACUCAGACCUGGAGGCCCCGGGCCUGGACCUCGGCUGGCCUCAGCUGCAUCGCUUUAUCGGACCCACAGAAGUCACAACUCUGGUCAACCCAGCUGAGCCUGACAUGCCGACUAUCAAGGAACAAGCCCGACGUCUCAUUAAAAACGCUCAGCAAGUGGUUGCUAUAGUGAUGGACAUGUUUACUGAUGUUGACAUCUUUGCGGAUAUUCUUAAUGCUGCCAUGCGCAACGUUGCUGUCUAUGUGCUUUUAGAUGAGCAGAACGCACAUCACUUCGUCAACAUGGUUUCCAACUGUCGGGUGAAUCUGGAGAGUGUCCAAUUUUUGCGUGUAAGAACGGUGUCCGGCAUCACCUAUCACUGCCGCUCAGGGAGAACCUUCAAGGGUCAAAUGAUGGAUCGCUUCUUGUUAACAGACUGCAGGGCUGUGCUGAGUGGGAACUACAGCUUUAUGUGGUCUUUUGAGAAGAUACACCGUUGCUUAGCGCACCUUUUCCUGGGACAGCUUGUAUCUACUUUUGAUGAAGAGUUUCGGAUUCUGUUUGCCCAGUCCCAACCUCUGAUAAUUGAAAAUGUGCUCCCUCCUGUGGAGGACUUCAGACAAUUACCCGGGAGGCAAUAUGCAAGUGACCGAACUCUGCUGUACAGAGAGCCCAGGAAAUUUCUACCAAUAGACACUUCUCGUUCAGAUGAAUGGGCUAGACACUCCUUUGAUGAACGAAUGGAUAUGGAUAGGAAAAGAAUGCCCUUACACAGGCAAGAGGCCAUGCAUAGAUCACUAGACCAGGGCUCUGUGGAUAUGCACAGUAAAUUUCCCUCCCAGCAAAUACGAAUGGAUCCAUCAUAUGAGCAGAGCCAAUCACAGAUGCCCUUUAAUAUGCUGGACAAUGCUCCCUUCAAACGGCACAGUUUUGCUGAAGGAAUUCCCAGCAGACAGUCCUCUUAUCCAUUCCUGCAGCAACAAGGCAUGCCAAAUAUGGAGACCCAGGGGAGGCAGCUGCAUUGGGGACAGCAGCCAUUUCCCAGGACAGGACCAGAGGUGGAUUACAGUGGCUAUGAAAAGUUCCGGGGCCACGGCUAUCAAUCAGCAGAUCAGUAUUCUGAACCUUGUUUACCACAAGAGCUGGGACCACAUGAUAACUUUGACCCUGUGCUUAACUAUUUAUCAUCCACCGGCAAUGUAGAGUUUGACAGGGUCUCAGACAAAGUAUUACCUGCACCAGAAGUGCCAUUCGGUUCAUCUCAUCCUAAAAGAUUAAGUGUAGGCCUGCCAUACGCCUGUCAGACCUCUCCCUCAUCCCCUAAUCCAUCUGAACAGAAGCAGUUUUUCCAGGAGUCUAAAACUGACCGUAAGGAUCCUACAGUCAAACAGGGGCUAAGAAAUUGGAGGAUCACCUCAUACCUCAGUGCAUUUGAUAAUGCAGGAGAAGAAGACAUGCCACUGCCACCACCUCAAACUGCAGACCCUUUUGAAGAUCCCUCUAACCCCUUACAGCGAAGUGCAUCGGGCACAGACUUAUCAGUUCCUUUAUUUUCUACUACCAGAGAGUUCAAGAUGCCAGCAAGGGCCAGCCAGCUGCCAAGUUACAUCAAAUCCAUUGCGCCAGAGUCCUCCAAAAAACUUCCUGAUGAUGGUGUUAACACAGCAGCAGACACGAAACCAACGCUACCAACAUCAUCAGAAUCAUCACAAACAACCGAAGGGGACAAAACAGAGGAGACAGAAAUAAAGGAACCAAAAAACCCUGUUGUUCGAAGGGAGGAGUCAUUCCGCAGGAAAUAUAAUGCUGCAGUACAAAGGAGCUCCAGGCUGAGAUCGUCUCUGAUAUUUAGCUCUCAACUGGAACAGCAUGUUGCUCAAGAUACCAAAACUGAGCCAGACCAACAGGAUGAGGACACUGACAAAAAUGAGGAUGAUCAGACAAAAUUACCAUUUGCCUCACAGGUUUUGGGCCAGAGGAGAUCUAUUGCAAGAGAACCUUUUGAAUGGAGGAGUUAUGUAAAGUCAGCCACUUUUGACAACUCUACCAAAGAAACUUCAAAAGAUGACACAGAUAAAAAAGAAGACCUUAAGGAUUUGUCAAAGGAAACAAAGGAUCUUGCAGAUAGCAGUGAUGUAAAGGAAUCAUCUAAGCCUUCAGAAGUAGAGAUGGCUAGCUCUUCACCAUCAAUGGCCCGACCUAAGCCUUCUAAAGCUGAACUAACCAAACUGGACCAACCAGUGGCCCCGUCCAAAUCUUUGCAGAGUAACCCACCAUUUCUAGAUAUGAGUGAUCCUGACAACAGGCUCAUGUUUUUCAAAGAGUUAGCGGCAAAACGCAAAGCUGCUAAAGCUGCAGCAGCUGAAAAGAGCACAGAGAAAGUUCCCCAAAAGCCUCCAUCUGAAUUAAGUAACAAUACCACUGUGAAAAAGGAGAAACCUAUUGUUGAAGAGGUAUCACAGAAUGUAACAGAUUCUUCUGUCAAAAAAACAACUUCAUGUGAGUCAGAAAAAAAUGCUACUGCGCAGGAUGCAGGAAAUAAAGCAGAUGCAACUGAUUCAGAGAAACUGGAGCUAAAGACAAGUCAGACAGGUGUAUCUCCGCCUGUUUCUGCAGGAUCAGCUCCAUCUCAUAGCCAACCACCUGAGGGACCAAAGCUGUCAAAACCUGCUGUUAAAGAAUGUAGCCCAGGUCAUCCCCUCACAGUAACAGACACUAAGUCGUCAACUGUUCCUCCUCUGAUAGACUCACUUGCACAAAGCACUGAUAAACAUAAAAGCCCAAUCCUUGAUUCUACCUCCAGGGAGUCUAGUUCAGCCGACCCCAGUUCAGUGGAAAUACCACUUUCUAAAUCAACUAUUGAGACUCUUGAGCCACUCCAGUUAGAAUCCAGUGCCUCCUCUCUUCCCACUCCAUGUGAAUCUAGUGUAAUUUCUCAUCCUGCUGGAUCAGAAAUGAGCUCUUCAUUGCCAAGCUCUUCCUCUGAUCACACUAUAGCAGACUCUGGUUCUUCUCAAAACAUUCCACUGGUUUCUGAUUCCCCCAGCUCUAGCUCUGCUCUCCUUUCCACACCGUUAGAUGUCACCGCUUCUAAAAUCAGACCAGAGGAUUCCAGCUGCUCCCCUACCUCCAGUGUAUUGUCUCCACAGGCUGACAAAACACAGCCAAAGGAAUGUGCUGCACCCUCCCCGUCAGACUCUUCACAAUGUGCCAACCAAACCUCAGAGGAAUCUAUACCAGCUUCCAUCAUACAAACAGCAUUAUCAUCUGACUCUACCCAAGUUAAAAUCAAUAACAUUACCCAGCCAGCCUCAUCCAAGACCCCUUCAACAGCUGACUCUGCUUGUGCAGGAUCUAAUGUUUCCUCUGAUACUUCUGCCAAUGAUUCUGAAUCAAAUACAUCUUCACUCCAGUUGCCUACAAAGUCAGCGCCUGGAGAAACAGAUCUUCCUGAAUCGAUUUCAUCCAGUGUUGUGAAUGCAUCUCCAAAAGAUGUCCAAGCUGAAUUAAGUGAAUCUCCUAGCCUUAGCCAUUCAUCCUCUUCCUCUCUGCUCACUGAGUCAGCUUUACCCAAACCUGUCCAAAAAGAGACUUCUCUUUCUUCUCAGCUCACCCCAGCAGAACCUCCACCAAAGGAUGCUCCAGCAGAAACCACUUUGGUCGCCAAUCAAACACUUCAGUCUGAUGUUCCUCCCGAUACUUCCCCAUCCAAACCAAAUCCUCCCAAAGUUGCACCAACGCAAGCCACCUCUCCUUCUGAAGUUACUCUAACAGAAUCUAGCACUCUCAGUCCAGCUCCAGCAGUAUCAUGUUCUUCCCCACAGUCUGAUUCAGAUGGAUUACUUGUGUCUUCUAAGACCGACAAAACAAAAAGCAACACAUCAUCUACACUCAGCCCCACAAGAGACUCUCCAAAACCCACAUCAGUAGAAUCUCCGUUUGAUAAGUCAAAAGUCAUUCCAGUCCCAGCAGAACCCAAAACACCAAGAGAGUCUAACAAAUCCAUUACUUCUGAAAGUCACCCUUCACAGCCAUCUGUACCUGCUGAAAAUAGUAAUGCAGACAGUCAAUGUGAAGUGGGCAAAGAGUCGAAAACACCUGACUCUACGGGUGAGAAAAAGCCUAGGGAAACUGAGGCCACCAGCACAGUCAAUAAAACUGAUCCAAACAAAUCUGUCGACCAUGGAAUACAAAGUGUCCAAGUAAAGGAAAAUAAAAGCCCAGAAGUGGCAGCAAUCACAUCAGAUGUCACAGUUCCUCUUUCACCUCAGUCAAAGCAGCCCGUAUCCGCUGAAAAUAGUAAUGUGGACAUUCAGUGUGAGGUAGGCAAAGAGGUUAAAAGGCCUGACUCUACAGGUGAGAAAUUACCUGGGGAAGCCAAACCUGUCUGCCAUGAAAAGCCAAGUGUCAAAGUAAGGGAAAAUAAUAGCUCCGAAACAGCAGAGGUCACAUCAGAUGGAGCAGUUCCUCUGUCACCUCAAUCAAAGCAACCUGUGCCUGUUGAAAAUAGUAAUGUGGAGAUUCAGUGUGAAGUAGACAAAGACUCAACAGGUGAGAAAAAAAUAUGCAACACUGAAGCCACAAGCAAGGCCAAACAAACGAAUCCACAGGAGUCUGUCAGCCAUGGAAAACCAAGUGACAAAGUCGAGGAAAGUAAGAGCUCUGAACCAACAGAGACCACCACAUCAGAUGGAGUAGUUCCUCAGUCAAAGCAGACAAAAGCAAGCCCAUCCCGUUACCACUCAUCAACAGCUAAUGUGCUCUCCAGCAGCAACCUCAGAGAUGAUACAAAGCUGCUUCUGGAGCAAAUUUCUGCCAAUAGCCAAAGCAGGACUGACACCACCAAAGAGUCUCCUGUCACUGAUGAUGACAAAGAAGACGAAGCUGACAAGAAUGCCACUAGGGAGAAUGCAGGAGGCAUCAAAUCACGAACCAAAGGGCAGCCAAAGACCACUCAGGAGCGAGAGAAGCUGCUUGAGAAGAUCCAAAACAUGCGCAAGGAGAGGAAAGUCUACAGUCGCUUUGAGAUGGCACCUUAACCGGCAGCACAAAUGAAGCUGAAUGGAUGCAAAUAGCCGAGCAUAUGCAUUAAAAAGCCAAAAGGAGCCAAAUCCAAUGAAAAGCUGACGUGCCAAACAAGCUAGCUUCUCAACAUUUUAUAAAAAGAGGAUUUCUCUGCAGAUAAAGGAUUUUUAUGGGCAGAGGAGCAAGAAAAAUGCAAAGGAAACUGUAUUCUAUGACAAUCAGCUUCCUACAAAGGGUAAAAUUAUUGUAAAUGAUCUUGUGGUAACAGGUACUGAAACCUGCUGUGCUAAUUGCAUGUGCCAUGAUGAACCAAGGGACUUUUCACUUUGACUCAAAGUGCCAACUGAGUAUCACUGAAUUGCUACCAGUGUGAAAACAAUACAGGCACUGAGAAUGGUGCGUGAUCAAAUAUGUUUUUACUGACUGCAUGGGUAAAGUGCAAUGUAGCUUUUUGUUCCUUUGAUGUAGUCUGUCUGCAUUUGUAAAGUUCACAAAUGUCAACUGGUUUUAGGGCAAAAUGCGAUUUUCAAGUGUUACAGAUGUAGUUUGUGAGGGUUUAAAACUAUUAUACAUCUUAUUUUGCAAUAUUUCAUGGUAUUGACAAUCAUGCUAA